GUUCCACUCCUCUCCGCCACUGUCAGCAGAACAUCGCCACUGCGGACCAUGCGUUCGGUGAAUGAGCAAGUUCACGGGCGCACAUGACAAUACCCUCGACCUUUGCCCGCUCCGUCGCGUGUCUUUCUCUCCCACCAACAACAACACCACUCCGAACGACCCCGCGAUACCGAUCGACAUACUUGCCCGGAAGUAGACCCGAGUCCAUGGGACUUUCAAAGAGGACGACAUCCGCGUUCAAUACAUUGUCAUACUGAGGGUAGGUAUGGAAGAUGGCGUCUCCCAGACCCCUGCUGUUGUCGACUCAGCAGUGCCAGUCGAGUCACCGCCGCCCCCGCCCGACCCCAAUUUAGACGAUGCGACUGCGACUGUCCCGCUCCACCCCUCCAAGACUGAAAAGUCCGACAUCCCGCUCCAACUCAGCAGCGAGCAUUGGAAUAUCGACUCUGUCUCAGCGCUGGGCGCGCUCCGCAUGCUCGUCGAGGCCCUGGAGCGGCUCGCAGAUGCAACGGGAAACGUUCCUCCGACACCGCCAGUCUCUCGUCCGACCACACCUCGACGUAUGGAAGCUGAGCGCGCCGCUCGCCGACCGUCUUCGACGCCAUUCAGAGCCGCCGGUGCUGGAGGACUUCCAGCGCUGGAAAUUGGAAGUCCUGAAGCGCAUCCUCACGAGCCCAUCACGGUGGAUGUCGGAUCACACGCCGAGGACAUCGCAGUGCAGCACGCCGCUAUUGCACGACGUUUCUUCUCGAAGACCGCACCGCCAUUCUCGCUCAACGAUUAUCUCCUCCGCUUCCACCACUUCUGCCCCCACUCGCCGGGCGUGUACCUCGCCGCGGUGUCAUACAUAUACCAGCUCUGCGUGUCAGAUCUGAUGGUACCUGCGACCGACCGAACGAUCCACAGACUAUCGUUGGCAGCUAUAAGAGUCGCCGCGAAAGCGCUGGAAGACAACAAGUGGGCACAAGAGCGAGUAGCCAAGGUGGGAGGUGUCAGCGGACAGCAGCUUUUGAACCUUGAAGUCACACUGUGCUUCCUUCUGGAUUUCGAGCUGUUCAUCGACGAGAAGAUCAUGGCGAGAAGGAUGUUCAUGCUGCAAGAAGCUGCACGACAAAAUGUUGGAGCAAGAGGACGAUUGAGUGAACAAUUCAAGCUCCGACUCCCGAUGCGAGUGAAAGGCAUCAAGUGAGGAAGGAAAGCGGGCGAGAUCAAUGAUCAAGCGAUGCAGAACUUCAGAAGGUGCACUAUCAGCCUGUCAUGAUGCAUACGGCUUUCUUUUGAUCCGAUGCCACACACGAGAUGCCCUGGGGCGUCUCUGAGUCUGGACGGACAACAUCAGUACAUCUUGAGCCAGUCAAGAUUUAUAUGAACGACAGGAAUGGUCAUGAAGCACGACUUCCGGAAGGGCACAUACUCAG